AUGGGUGUAUCUUCCAGAAAAUCUCUUCCACUUCCCGCCCCUACCGAAACCGAGACUAAUACCACCCCCACCGAUCUCACAACAACGGUGGAUGGGGUGAAUCCCGGUGACGAGAAGUCCUCCUACUCCAUUCCUGAAGACGGAACACCCGUCACCAUUGCUACCCGUGGACACAAGGCUAGCAAAUCUCAGACCUCGUUGCUCAUCGAGUACUUCGAAGGCGGCAAGUCGACUGUUGGUUCCACAGGCGAGCGACGUCCUAGUGUCCGUGUCCGCCUUACACCAUCCAAGAGAGGCCGUUCCGAUCACCAUCUUCAAGUUACAGAAACAAAAGGCGCUCGCAACACCUCUGUGACUCGACGGAUACCGUUGGGAGAUUCUGAGUACUUCGACGGGGACGACGGCAACAGCAUGAGCUCCUACGCUUCUGCUACCGAAGAGUCCAACGUCUCGAGAAAUCCAAUUGACAUUGAGAUUGAUCGUAGCCACACUGGACGACGACGACGACCUGCCAGCCCAUUGAUCCCUUCGGAGACCUACAACGUCAACGCUUCAGACAUAUCCGCUAUUCCAUCUGACAGCUUUCUCGACGGCGACGCCAAAGGCGACAGUCCAUCAGCAACCCGAGAGAUGGUUGCAGCAGCUGGCGCCGGUGCACUUGCAGGUGCUGCAGUAGAUGAAUUGAAGAACCGGAAGAGUCGAAACAGAGACAGGUCAAAGGUGUCAGAAUCAAAGUCGUCGAGGGAAAAGUCGACAGUAGAGAGAAAGCGUCGGCCAAAGAGCAGGACUAGCAGCGUUUCUGAGAGGACGGAGGAGCCUAUUAAAGCCCAUCGCCGUCGCUCUAGCAGAAGCCAACAGGAAUCCAAUGUGUCAGGACUUGACUCGAAUGUCUCAGCUUCUCAUUUGGCUCCCAGCCAUCGCACGCACGCAACACAUUCCUCACGCUCAGAUGUCUCUAAAUCAUCAAUCAACAAUCCCAAGCUCCUCGAAACAGUCGAAGACGCCAUCCGCCGCUUGAUUCUUCCCGAACUCAAUGCUCUUAAGCGAGAGACCAGCAAGAGGGAGAGCCGACGCGAUUCCUUUACUUCGUCUGCCACAUCGGUAUCCAAGGAUGAGUUAACCCCCGACCGCCGGCGGUCGUCAGGUCAACGGAAUGAGCCAAAGGAUAGACGCAAUAGAGAGGCUCGUCAUGUCCUCGAAGCUAACUCUGAUGUGAGCCAUGAUUCUAUUGAGGAUGACUACCAAUACGAGAAUGAGAAUGUUACACCCAAGCGAAGUGGUGGUGACAUGCUCAAGGCAGCAGCAGCAGCAGGUAUGGGCUCAUCACUCCUCUCAGACAGCACACAAGGCGACCGAAAGCCGAGAGAAAGACGGCGCCGGAGAGCCGAGUCUGCUCAUAGCCGUGGCCUGAGCCGUGACCAUCAUGCUGAUCAGCUCGACGACGAUUCCGUGGUUCCUCAGCCACCCAUGCCUCUUAUGAGCGAGAUUAACCCAUCGGAAAUGACCAGGACUUCUAUCCGAUCUGCCGAUACCGACAGACCUCAUUCGGCUAGUGAGGAGAUCACGCCUGUUAAGAACAUUCCGGGUGGAUAUGUCUCUGGACCCUCGACACCUACACCUUCAGCAACUCCCUCAAAUCUCGAGACAACAUUAUCCACUCAGCACGCCAACGUAUCUCAUGGUGAUUUGACUGCUCUGCCGCGCGGUCAGAAGGACUACGUGGAAGAGUAUGAACCAGACGAGUAUGGCCAGAAGCAUCCUCUCGAACGACAGGGCCAAUAUGAAGAGGAUGACAUCUCUGACAACGAUUAUCCUGAGGGUGGAUAUGAUAACUCCUAUUUCGCUACCCAGGAUGUCCCUCCUCCAUUAAAGUAUGUUCCCUAUCAGGCUGGUGCUCGAGGCCUCAGCCCUAUUCCCAGUGUUUCUGGCUACACUGAGGGUGGCAGCGAGUAUCACCCUCGCAACUCAAGGAGUAUGCAUUCUACAAGUGAUGCUUACUACGAGCGAUCUGGGGAUCGUCGCAAUAGCCAGUCUACGCCUUCUCUGAACUCCCUCCAAGAACGAGAAAUGGACCAAAUGUCACCUCGAAGUUCUGGUGUAGGUUACCGAAACACCACCUACACAGAUGACAGCGAGCUGGACAAGGUCGCGUCUGGACAAGCUGUCCGUGGUGUUGGUGCCAACCCGAACCUGGUUCACCCUCCUAUGGGGCCCGAAUCAGCUGUUGCUUCACUCGUUGAAGGCUCGAUGCUCGACCAGUCCAUGUUGAGCGGCUCCUACAGCGACUACCCUGGUCCUCGCGACUCGACUCUGUCUUAUGACGACCAGUCAAGGACUUAUAGCAGCCGUGGUGCGAGCCCCGACAAGAACUACAUAGAUGGUAGCGAGUUAGAACCCGAGAGGCAUGCUACACCUAGUGCCAGAUCUCAUAACAAAUCACAAGAGUUCACCGAGUAUGACCUGGAUGAGCAUGGCCGAAAGGUGCCUCGAACAAGGUCACCCACGGCGUCAGAAGUCGCUAUUGCGACUGGCGCCGUUGCUGCUCUCAAGGCGGCGCAGGGUAAGAAGCAAGCAGCCACCGAGGAGCCACAGGAAUACCAAGGCGCUGGCGUCUUCCGUAACAAGUCCUUCAAGGAGCGUACUUUGGAAGGCCAUGAGCCUCGUAACACUCCUGCUCACAGCAUCGACCGCCUUUCUUAUGAUGACUCACCCAAGAUGACUGCAAGUGGUCUCCCCGACUUUCAUAAUCCCAUGCCUGAAUUUGGCUACAUUGAUGACGAUGUUCACACCAACCCUUCAGUUGUCCAAGAGCGUCUUGAUGGCGAAUACCGCGACGAUGCUUCUGAAGGCCGAGCAACACCCACUCCCCGAAAUGUUGCCGAGCAACGCGCCGAGAGCGCUGCCAGUAGUCGCGGACCUGGUGCUGCUCAGGUUGCCGGCGCUGCUGCGUUGGGCGCUGCCGCUGGAAUGGCUGCUGCCAAUGCUCACAGCCGUGAACCCAGCCAGGACCAAGAUGAGUGGCAGCGGACCUCUGACGACCGCAAGCGAGACACUCUUGUCACCAACCCAUACGAGGACACCAGCCCUGUCGCCAACCCUGCCCUGAAUGAUAACCUUUUGGGAGCCCGAGGCUUUGGAGCUCAUUACCACACCGGAAGCCCUGGCUUUGGCCCCAAGUAUGACGAAGGGUAUAUGUCCAAUGGUAAUAACCGAACCCCCGAUCUCCAGCCCAAGGGCAAGGCUCUUCAGCUGUCUCUGCCCGGAUCUCCAAAUGAUGCCAGCCAGGACCCUUUCUACGCCCCCAAGGACGCUCGUCACCUCAGUGGCAUGUCGCAAGGCAUGGCGUCACCAUUCUACGAUGCAGCCACUGGGCAAGGAAUUGACCGCAUCGAGAACAAGGACAUUGUCGCUCUGAUGCAGCAUCUUAUGGUUCGAGAUGCUCAGCGCAGUGCCCGCGAUACGGAAAUCGUUGCACUGCUGAUGAACUCUGCCCUUGAGAUGCGAACUUCUAUGAACGAGCUUAGAAACCUCGUCCAGGACACUAGCGACGAUGUCAUUUUCGCAGGUGUUGAGAACACCGAGAAGCUUCAGAAGGCAAUCAAUGGCCCUCGCCCCUACCCUGGGGCCCGAUCGGUUCAGAGCAUCUCCCAGGUCGACACUUUCAAUGAAGCCGCUGCUAAGAAGAACCUAUUCAAGCGUGCUUUCCAAGGCCUCAGCAACAAGGGGACGAGUGACUUCAAGCGUAUUGAAGAAAUUCUGAUGCAGAUUCUCGGUGAGGUUGACGAGCUCAAGGGACAGAGCACCGUCCCCCCUGUUUCGACCAGUGGUGGACGUGGCCCUUCAUUCGACAACCUGCAGCCUGAGGGUCACUUCGAGCAAGAUCGAGGCUAUGAGCCUGAAGGCAACUCGACAAUCACCCCCAGCCAGUCUGGUCACUUCUCGCUCUCCCACUCCCGAUCUCGACUUGCCAACGAAAGAAAGUUUUCUGAUAACCGCAUCAGCACUGUUGCUGAGCACGAGGAUGAAUAUGAGCACGCCCACCCUAGCCCGACUGGCGAGCGCAGCGACCCCAACAUGCUGACACCAGAGCGAUCAGGCUUCCAGCGCGGAAGUUCAGUUCCUCUUGAUACACCCCCUCAACCGUCUGGUAUUACUCAACCAAUGAGCAAUGAGAACACUCCUCGCACAACGGAGAAGCAGAAAAAGCACAAGUCCGGUCUUUCGGGCUGGUUCCCCAAGAUUUCCAGGUGGUCUGGAACGACAGCCUCCAGCACUGGCAAAGGCAAGAAGGAAGCCAAGUAUGAUGAUUACCCUCCGUCGCGCUCAGGCUCUAGCCUAGGCGAGUACAACGAUGGGGAUUACAGUCAUGCCCCUUACGCAGAGGACCAGCUACAUACCGGAUUUUCUCAGCAAGAGCUCGCGUCGGCGCCCAAUGCCGGUGACGCCGUGCCAGCGCCUCUCCGCCGCGAAAUCAACCACACUCCAGGCAAUGCACCCAAGUAUCAGGUUCACCGAAACUCACUGAACCUACAACACCCUCAACCUAGACAGGGCCAGACAGAGCGCUUCCGCAAUGCUCUGGAGUUCUCUGCUCAAGAAUAUAACGUCCCCAUGACACCUAGGUCGGCAGAUUGGGGUGGUUCGGUUUCGAGCUUGAACCAGAUGGCUCAAAACACCAACCGAUACAGCCAAGCAUCAUCGACAGGUGCUCCUCAAGACCCUGCCUACUGGACCACAUCUCCAACCGGCCCCCCUCGACCUCCCAAGGAGCCUAUCGAGCCCACUGGUAGCCCCUCAGCUCUAUCUCCCCCUAGGGGUAGCCGCAUCUCCAAGUUGGCCAAGGGUAGCCCUGCCCCUCACCCUAGUGACGAAAGCGGAUAUGCUACUAUGAGCGGUACUCACGUGAGCCACCUCACAAGCAGUCCCAAGCCUGAGAACCGUAACCUCAAUGCUGCUCUGGGUGUUCCUACUCGUCGACCUAGUGGGCCGCGAGCCAUGACCCCUAAGAGCCCUGAGGAUGAAGCUCGUCGACGUAAGCGAGAUACUUUCGGUAGUGUUGCAUCUCAUAACACGGAUGACACGGAGACCUUUUAG